GUAAAUUAUGUGCAAAUUUCAAUGCACAGAAUCUAAUUCAUUGAUUGAGAGUGGCAAACAGCCAAUGAAGGAGUGGCAGGAUUGGCAUCUGUAUUGUGCUUUGGAGGAUGCCUAGCAGGACCAGGUAAGAGGACAAGCCCUUGUAAAAAAGCUUGUUUCAUUACCAGGGAAUGAUGCCAGGAUAUUCCUACUGUUAUAACCACUACUGCGGGCUGUAGUGAUUGAUGGUUGGAAUAACCCUUUUAAAUGUUUCAUUAUGCAUUAAAUAGGGUGUGAAAAUCCUGCUAUCCCCAGAAGUUUGUAUGUAUGCUUGUGUGGACAGUGUUUUCAUGUCUGAGGCGUAAUCUGUAAUAGAUGUGAAAUCUGAGUUCUCUGAACAAGGUCUGGACACAAUUUUUAUGAUAUCCCUCACCCUCUAACUUUAGAUAUUUUUGUCAUUUGUUUGGCAUGUAUGUAUGUGGUGAUAAUGAAUGCAAAUUCCUCUUGGGGAUUGAGCUAGUCUUACUAAACAAUGUAAUCAUACCAUCAAAGAGGAGUCUCGAGUGUUAAAUGCAAGUUCAUCUAUGUGGAAAAUGUAUGGUGUAAAAUCAAUAAUAAAACGGUCCAGCUAAUUUUUAUAUUUGUUGAGGUUAAUAUUUGCUAAUUUAAUGAAAUGUGCUGUGUGAAAAUUGCAUUUAUGUCCUACUUGUGUGCAUUGUGUUAAAGUGUCAAAUUGUGUGUGAUAAAUCUAAUCGAUGUUGUGCUUACUUUUCAAUGAUCAUUUUAUGGUAAAUGUAGAUUUUCAGUUAUUUUACAUAAUUUAUUCUAACGCUCAGCUUGUGGCAGAUUUUUUUUCCAUUGCAGAUGGCAUAACCUUUCCAUUUGAGCCUUAUAAUUUAAAAAAGGGGAGGUGGGGUGGGGGAUGUAAACGGCACUGUAAAAUGAGUAAAGCGUGAAUUUGCUUGUCAGUAUUGCAUUUGUGUGGUAUAGUGUUCUUUAUUCAAUGUUUUGGUUUUAUUUUUGUUAUGUUUAGAAAAGUCUCAAUUUUGAAAUGACAUUAAAUAAGACAUUCCAAAUUGAAAAACACCACAAUUUAACUCUGGCACAUGUAAGCAAAGUUUUUUUAUAUUAAAACAAGUUUAAAACCAUCAUUGAGCAGAUAUAGAUUUACUAUUUCUGUACUCUUUCACAGGUACAGUUAUGAGUAGAUGAAAAUUGAUUAAGGUUUUCUUCUAGAUUCACAGUGUGCAGUGAAAAGAACAUGUCCUGUCACAACGUCUCUCUAUCCCUUGUUAUCCUUUACUUCAGUGUGUUGAUAUAUCUGCUUUGUGAACAAUCUGCAUUCAGUUAUUCAAUGACCCCUGCUGUUCCCUUUUAGUGGUACUUUUCAUUUGUCAUGAAGGCCUCAUGUGAAUGAUGUAGGACAUGAGUAGGCAACCUUCGGCACUCGUUAUGUGGACUGCAUCUCUCCUUAUGCUUUGCCCAGAUUAAGGCUGCAAAAAGCAUUAUGAGAGAUGUAGUCCAAGAUGUUUGGAUUGCCUGGUCUAGGGUUUAUGGAUAAACUAAUUGCACCCAGUCAUUGUAAUCUGAGCGUUCUGGUGUGAUUAAAGAUUUCUUAAGGGAACCAGAACAGCCUAGCUGCAAUUAUUCCUUAGCAUACCCAUCCCCCAUCAAAAUUCUCAUUCUUAGCCCAUCACCUUUACUCGUUCUCUUUGAUUGCAUAUGAACAGUUAUAUCUUUUCCCUGGUGACCACUCUCUUUCCGCCCCUUCCUCCCCCCCCCCCACCUCCCCCAAAAAGUUGUAAACUUUUAAUGAUGUCUCCUGUGAUAUUUCAUAACAUAUAAAUAAAUAAAAAAACACACACACAAUUUUUUUUUAUUUUUUUAAAGUCAUUUUUGUUGUUGUUGUUGUGCAUAUGUCUUGUGGUCUUUUUAUGAUAUCUAUAUACUUUUUAUACCACUUUCAUAGUAGGUUUUUUUUUCUGUGAAAAAUUAGACCCACUUGUGCUAGACUGUAGACUGUUGGAACUAAGAUGAAGAUCGUGUAUAACACGUUGUAUUAUACAGCUUUUUACCACACAUCAGUGUCUGUGUAAAUUAAUUUUUCCCCUUCUUAAUAAAACACUAUUGUCUUUAUUUUCAAAUCCUUUUUAACUUUUUUAAAUACAAUUUUAAAAACAGAUUUUAGUAUAUCCUGUUACACAACUUGUGUAAUUCUGUAACACUUUAGAAUAUGCAUCCUUUAUUUUGUUUUUAUGUAUAUUCUACAAAUGUUUCACUAUAUAUUAUUUUCGGCCAUCGGUGAGUUUAAAAAAUUGGUUAAAAUGCGGUUCUGGCAGGCAGAAAUGGCGGGCCUCCGCACAGACCUCCAGGGAAUAACCGGGAGACUAGGCACCCUGGAGGAUUCCUCCGCCACCACAGCUACCCAUAUCGCCACCAUGCAAUCGGAGAUAAGGGGUCUGCAGAGUAAAGCAGAGGUCUAUGAACGGCAGUUCGCAGCACUGGAAGACACACGCAGAGCAACCAACAUAAAGGUACGGGGAGUACCAGACGACAUGCCGGCGGAGGAACUGCCGCACUUCGCGAGGAGGCUCUUGGCAGCGCUGCUACCAGCACGGAAAGCCAAAACAAUAAGCCUGGACGGAGUUCACAGAGUUCCCAAACCGACCAAAGCCCCACCAGCGGCCACCAGGGACAUUAUACUCCGCUUCCAGCGCAAGGAAGACAGAGCCGCAACCAUGGCAGCGGUCAAAAACCUUCCCCAGUACCCCUUCGAAACCAUGUCCCUCUCCUUUUUCACGGACUUGUCCGGCAGUACCUUGGCUUGGAGACGGUCGCUUAAGCCACUUACAACGCUACUUCAGCAACGAAACAUAACAUACCGAUGGCGCCUCAACCGUUCCCUGCUGGUGACACAUAACGGGAACACCCAUGAGUUUCACAACCUCCAGGGAGCGGAGGACUUGCUACCCAUACUAGGACUACCUUUAGACGCCAUAUGUCCCACGACAACCUCCAAACCACAGCACCGGUGGAACCCGGAAAGGGUGAAAACUUUCGUUCCGCGAAGGUCCGGACUCGGCUCCCCGGCUGACAAGCCGCAACAAACUAAUGGCCGGGACUGUUUGAACUAACUCCUUGUGACUCUUUACACUACUUAGCAAUUUUGCCUAACCUGUUAAUCUAUACCUCUUUUUACCUACCGUUAUGAAUAUAAUCGUUCAUGUACCUUAAAUGUUACUAGCUUCUUACCGGGAAGACUCACAUAAGAAUGCUCCCAGUCAGGCUACUUACCCCACUCCCCCCCACCCCCAUCUGCCCUAAGCGGAAACAAGAUGGUACAUCACCCUAAACGGCAGAUAGAUGGGGUUACGGCACACCCAGCACCUAGAUACCUCCCAAGCUAUAGCAAUACCCCACAAACACAGAGGGAAGAGAACACCGUAGAGCGAUACACUGCACCACUGAGCUCAACACCUCUAGGAACAGCUGAUUGAAACAUAGGCGGAUUUACCCCAUAGCACACAUCCUAACGGAGCAGACAACUCCAACUAGCUAGACACACGCCAGGUAUCAUAAGACCUCUCCAUAGCUAUUAUCAGGAGCGUAUUUUUAGUACAUAUUGGCCACUCUACGGCUAUUAGUAUUACCCAGCUACAACAUGUGUACUUAUUGCGUGUAGUUAACUUAACGAUUGUUAGCAUGUUAUACUCUAUAAAUAUUAAAUGUGCAACUCCUCAGAUAUGCCACUGAAAGUUUUGAUAUUGCUCACAGUAGCUGUUGUGGCACUGCAAGCAUGUAUGUAUUCAAAUGCACAAGAAAAAUAAAGAAUUAUAAAAAAAAAAAAAAAAUGCGGUUCUGGCUUUUGGUCCUCCACCUAGUGUGAAUGAGAAUCUUUUGUUGCCAAGACUCUCUAUAGGCAACAGCUUGUGCACCCCACUGGCUUCACACCUGUACACAUUUUGUGUAUGCAUUACUAGAUGCUACAUAUUUGGGUGCAUAACAUACUGUCUCUAUCCCAUCAUUCCCUGCCUUAAAAAUAAAUACAAAAUAAAACAGACAUAAUGGUUCUGGGCUUUCUGUACCAAUACAAUUGUAACUAUAUGGCUUUUGAUUCUAUGCACUAUUCAUCUAUAAUGGUAUUCUUAUUGCAUCUGGUGCCCUUUGUUUACUCACUUGGCUUUUAUGAUGUAAUUGUAUAAAGCAUGGGUAGGUGACCUUUGGCACUCCAGAUGUUGUGGACUACAUCUCCAACACUAUGAUUGUUAGAGCAUCAUGGGGAGAUGAAGUUCACAACAUCUGGAGUAUGAAGGUUUCCUACCCCUGGCAUAGAGUAUCUGGAGAGGAAGUGCUGAGCACAUGGUGCUUCCUUCCUCAUGCUUCUCAUCGCCGCCUGCACGAAUACUGACAGGUUAAGCAUGUGUGAGCACCAGAUACCAGAAAGGAUGCUGUUAUCUAUAAAACUUCAGCAUAGAACACAGCAUUGUACAGUGGCUGUACUAGUCUGUGGAAUUUGAAUGUUAAUCAAUGGGAAUCAAUCUGCUCAAAUGAGCACUUUUGAAGCAGGAGGAGUUGAGGGGAAAAGGAUAUAUUGUAAGAAGAGCAAUUGAGGGGCUACAUGACUUCAGAGAAUAUAGAUUGGUUAAUCAAUACACACUCUGUUUGUCUUUAUGGAGGCAAUGACUGCAUCUCACUGAUUGUUUUUAUUUUAUAUUUAUAGGAUUGAGAACAUAAACUCAAAAGCUUUGAGCACUCACACUUGGUCAUGUUGUACUAUACGAUACAAAAUGUUUCAUGAUUUAAUUUUCAUUUUACAGUGACAUAUGCAGCAUUAUGAUCUCUACAUCUUACUGUAGGGAAAUUGUCCCUGAAAAUGUAGUUUUUACAUCUUCACAUCUCCCUCGCCCCAUUUUAAUUUAGGACAAUGCAGUAACAUCCUAAGACUCAAGUGCAGAGCUGUGUUUUAAGGCUACACAAACUGUGUAGUUCAAAUUCACUUGCAGCAAUAGACUGUUGCUAAUGAUAAAUCCAUGUUCUAAUACGUCACCAUAGUUCAUCUGCUGAUUCCCCCUGUCAAGUUGCAAUGUGCAAUGUAGCAUAAAAAUUUUCUUUACAGACACCUGCCUACAUCUACAAGGCUCAACAGCCAUUUGUUUAGAUCUGUUCAACAAUAUUUCCAUGUUUUAUAUUUAUCUUCUAUCUUUAUAAAUAUUUUUAGUAUCUCCUAAUUCAGUUUAUAUUUUCUGCGUGCUUUAAAUAUAAAGUAUUCUAUAUAACAUAUAAAUAUUUGUAAUCAUGGUUAUUGUCUAAAUGUAGAAUUUUUGGCAAUUCAAGCUGUUUUUCACACUGAAGGCAAAUAUAACUAAACGCAUAUCUGAAUUGGAGAUUUUCUCAAUGUCUGCAGUUCUGGCUUUAACAUUGAUUUUCACUUUGAAUUCCCAACAAUUCUUACUUUAGUGAAUAACGUGCAUUUCUGUUUCUUGUUUCCACUAUCGAAUACUGUAACUUUCCUUUUAUCGACAUUCCUUUCAUCUAUUUUAUCUUGAUACUAUCCAAAAUGCCAUUCCAACAUCAUCUACCUCACUCAUUAUUGCUCCCAGUAAUCCAUUUUGUCUUCCACUGAUUUACCAUCUCAUUUUGAUGAAAUACACAUUUGUGACCUUGAUAAACAGAGGCUCAAAACUCUACGCCAUAUUACAACUUGCUCUCACUUCUCUCAAGUCCUGCAGCUCUCUUCAUGCUUAGAAGAUUUUUUUGGAGCAUUUCCAUACCUGUGUAACCCACUGAAGCAAACGCUGCCAAAAGCUUUCAAAGAGUAAUUCUCCUCCUCUCUUUGCAAAUUAGUGAUACCAAAUAUCUAUUUAACCAGGGAACUAGUCUUGUCAACAGCUUUCUGUAUACAUUGUGUUUUGAUGUAUCCCAUUCCCCUUGAUUACUGCAGGAAGGACACUCUUAGCCUGCUGUUUGGUCUGCUUUUUUGGUUUUAUAAAUUGCUUAAAUGUUGGCACACUAUAAAUAUAUGUUUUGUUGUUGUGUCACAUUUUGAGGAUUUUUUUUUUUUCUAAGCAUGACUUUGUUUACUAAGCUGGUCCUCCUCCUUAGGUUAUACAUUAUACCAGGAUCACCGUCCUCUUUUGUAAGAGGCUACGGCAACCCGGCAUUGUAAUGCUAUGUCGUCUGUUUAGGGAGAAAUAUGUCCCCUAACAGUUGCCACAUGGAUGAGCUGCCACAACAUGGGUCUCUUAUCAGACCACGCUGAGCAGUUGGAUGGCUCUGUUUGUGUAUUAUUGCCACAGUAUGUAUUGGGAGGAUGUGAUGACUAUCAGGACCAUUAUUUUUAUAUUUCUGUAUGUGUGCAUGUGUCUAGAAGUGUGUACCCGUGCAUAUGUCUGACUAGGGGUUACUAAUGUGUUUGUGUGGAGCCUCAAGGUUUCUAAUUUCAUCUGUUAUUGACUUGCAGUCCUAUUGGCAUUACCCUCUGGGCCAGGGUUAUAUUUCCCUAGAGGCCACUGGAAAACUAUCUCACCUGGGGAGUCAGUGAUCUGUAUAUACACCAGUACAUAUUCCUCUUCUGUCAUUUACCACACACUUCUUAGUUGUUCCUAUACAUCCAACUUGUUUGUAACUACUUGUUGGUUAAUUCACCUAUUGUACAGCAUUGUGGAAUUUGUUGGUGAAUGACAAAAAAAAUGUUUAAAUAAAAAUUUCAAGAUAAUGGCAGAUGUUUGUAAAUUGUUACUUAUUCAAUACUUUAAAUGUACAGAAUAUGGGUACCAGUUAUCAGCAACCGGCACGAAACGCACCAGAUAACCGGUAUAGACAUUUUAUCGGCUGAUCCCUAGUGAGGAUGUCCAGCGUUGUUUCAUUGAGUCAAACUCCAUGUAACUUUAGGAAGCGCUAGUGGCAGUCUUAACCCAAUAAUGUAAAAAUUGCAGUUUCUUCUUUCCAUGUUAAGGGGGGACACUGCACCCACACCACUUCAAUCAGAUGAAGUGGUCUGGUUGUCUAGAAUGUCCCUUUAACCCCUAAAGCACUGAAGCAAAUUUAAGUGCUUUGGGUGGUUGGAGUGUCCCUUAAGUGUAGCUAUUUUAAUUGAUUAUCUUUGUAUAGAUCUGAACUAGUGAGGUGCAUUUUCUCUGAAAAUCAUAGGCUUAAGAAAUAUUUAUUGAAUCAGUGAUUUAGUUCAAUAAGAUCUACAUAUUUUCAGGCACUGCUUGGUCCUUUAAUCUUCAUGGUCAUUAACCAAAGGAAAAAAGUUACCUGCACACCAGCCCAAAUCCCUACACAUAUUUAAUUAAAUUGAGGUUAUUUAGUAACUCCAAUCGCCAUUAUAUGGAAAUGCCCACCUGCCACGUCAAGGCAAAACUCUUAGAUAAGUCCUACACUAACAAUUCACCCGGCUUCCUUCAGCUUCAGUCAAAGAAAUCUCUAAUGAGAAGAGAGGGGUAUUUUUUUUUUUAAACACCUACAUACUUAUUAACCCUUAAUAGUGAACACAUGGGAUGGGUGGCAGCAUGGUAACAUGGCUGUGUGAUACAAAGUGAAUACAAAUGCACAAAAUUAUGUCCUGCGCUCAGACUCCCACUACUCCUGGGUGGCCGCAUAUAUGAAGUAUAUGAAGAAUCAAUGCAUCUCUAAGCAGAAGGGGUGUGUGGGUUUGGGAUGUCAUUGCAACAAAAUAAUAAAAAAGAAGGGAAUAAAUAUAUAAAUUCCCCCUCCCAAUAAUAAUAAUAAUAAUAAUAAUAAUAAUAAUAAAAAUAAAACAUACACUGGUCUAUUUAACCAGUACUGGGUUUCUGAUAACAUUUUAACCGUGUCUUAAGUCUUAAGAUAACAUUUGAGUGUUGGAACAUUUACUUAAUUGAGAAGUUUUGGAUUUCUAGUGAGGUAUACUUUUUUUUUUUUUUUUUUUUUACAAAUGGUGUAAGAGUGCCCAGUACAGAGUGUUUAUGUAUACCCCAUUGUACAGCACUACAGAAUUUGCUGGCACUAUAUAAAAAAAUAUUAAUAUAUUCACUAAAUCACUGUAACAUUACAGUUUUGCUUGUAUAUUACACAUGUAUUCUAUAGUUGUAUGUGCUAGGCAGGUAGACUGUGUAUUUGAACAGGGCCUCCUUGUUCCUAAAUUUGUCUUACGCAAUUAUUUGUUUUACAAAUUUACAACGCUAGUGAAUAUAUUGGGUCUAAAUAAAUACUCCUUCCAACCCAACAUCCCCAUCAUUAACACUGAAACAGUCUUCACUAUCUAUAAUGAAUUGGCAUUUAAUAAACAGAGUAGAUUGUAAUGCUAUCAGUAAAUUAUUGGAGAUUGGCAAAGGUAAUGCUAGUGCCAACUAAGGUGUUUAUAGGUUGUGUUAUAGAAAGUAGGGAAACCAAAUAGACUAAAUGUUGGGAGAGUUUGUUGUGAUGUAAAAUGAAUUGCUAGGAUUUGGCUGAGCAUUGAUAAAACUGUUUCCUUGUAGUUGUAAGCUUGUCUACUAUCCUUGCUUCAGUGAGCAAAAGGAACAGAUGUGAUAUGUGGAAUCACUUUAGAGAAUGAUCCUUCCACAUGCUUAGUUGCCUGUUGUAAAACUACACCUUGCCGGGCAGACUGGAUUUAGACAGUCCUAUAUAAGCAAAAUGGAGGAAGAUAAAUUUUUUUUUUUUUUUUUUAAAUAUAUAUAUAUAUCUCAUAUCUUGCAUGGGAGAGAUUAGUGAAGUCAUGCGACAUGUGAUCUCAACAUUUCUCUAGUAGGAACAGGGGGUUCAUUUACUGUGAAAGACAAUAAACACUCGUUUUAUUCCAUAAACCACACAUUUUGGUGCAUUGAAGACCACUUGGCACAAUUUAGGCUAAAAUAGUCAAGCUGUUAAUUAACCCUCAGUUUCACCUGUAUUCCAUUUGUCCUUUCAGCUUUCAUCAGAUAAGGGAAUUUCUUAUUUCUGUUUUAAUAUCUAAUUUACUUCUACUAACUAUUAGGUGAUACUAAUCCUCAUAGGAGACAUCCAUCUCAACAAGGGUAUUGUCAAUGUGGUUUGAAAAAAAUAUAUCAAAUUCCCUCCUCACCCCCCUCCCCUCCACCCUUGCCAUUGUUUUGCUGCUGAUUAAUAAUAAUUUGCUUAGGAUUUAAUUUAUUUUUUAACAAGCUGAUCAAAAAUUGUGUGUAAUGCUUUUUCACAGCAUUCUCUCCCUUCUCUCCCCCCCACCCCUCCUCCAUAAGUUAUGUUUUGACUCUCUUUGUUUAAUAGCAGCCACAGAAACCAACAUUUCCACACAAUACUUCUGUAUAAAUGUGUUUGGACUUUAAUAGUCCAGUGAUUAAUGAAAUUAACAAGCUUUUGAAAUCUAUGAUUUGCAUCUUCCUUUCCUUUUUAAAAAUCUGUUUGUUUUACAAGUUGCUAUAACAUAUUUAUGUUAAGAAUUUAAGAUGACGUUGCCUCUUAAUAAGCAGUGAAUUAGGCAUUGUUUGGCAAGUAUCAAAUUUUAACUUGUGUAUUUCUCCUAUAAUUUACAAAUUGCACUUUUGUGUUUGAGAAUUGUCAAACAAGUUGGGAUCGUUUUAAGUUUAUUGGCCUUUUCAGUGAAGCUAAGUAGUUCAUCACAAACAAUGAGAGUUUAAUGUAUUUACAAUGUUUUUUUGUUUUUGUUUUUUUACGUUUGUUGGUAGCUUAUCAGAUUGUAGUUUUGUUUUUUUAUCCUUGGAAAACCCUUUCCAGAUAAAAUAACUUCUCAUAAUAGUCUCAUAAUCCCUUACAGAACAGCACAUGAGAAACUGGAAACUCUACAUCUGUUAACCAUAUUUUUGUACAAUGUACCCUGUACUCAGGGAUGCAAACUUUUAUUUUAGAAACAUAAACCUAGCCAUAUACUUUACAGCCAUAAUAGUACUCUACCUUUACACCGCCAUUUACACUCUCCUUUCAUAUACGCUCUAACUUCAAAGAUGUCCAUCCCACAUCCUGUCACUAUUUCUGUUACAUUUUACUUCACUCUCUCCUGAUUUAGGAAUUGGAGAGUGUGUGAGCGUUAAUACAAUUUGAUCAAACUAUAAGAAUCCUACGAUAUUAUGUAUUUUUUUUUAAAAGCAGAAUUAAAAACAUAAAAGGGGUAACUGUCACAUAGAUAUUUGCAUAAAUCUGAAGCUAACAUUUAGUCUUGGGUUGUGCAACAUUUUAAACUUUUUUAAAUAAAACCUAGUGUUAUAUUUUUAAUUACAUCAUAUGCUAAUCUGCCCUAACAUAGCUAGAACAUAUGAUGAGAAAUGACUUUAAUUCCCAAAGUGCAUUUCCCACACAUGUUCUCACACAACAUUUCUUUAAGAAGAUGCACGAGUGCAUGAUAAAAUGUUGGCGUGUGGGAGUGUUGCGCAGGCAAGGGUUUUAUCCUUUUGUCCAAAGCGAAAGAUGAAGCUGGUAGUUCUAUAGCUGCUUACAGGAUCCUUAUACUUUCUACAUUAGUGUGUUUUCUCUUUUUGUUUUAUAUUUUGACACAUACGUGUCCUUAAAAAAACAAACAACAGUACAUAUUCUAUGUAUGAACUGUAGAAGAGAGAAAGAGGAAGAUUAUGACUGUACAAAGAUGUAGAAAAUAAACCUAUGUCUUAAAAGGAAACUACAUUACCUAAAUGGGCAAAAAAGAAGAAAUAACUGUUUAGUAGAUUAACAUUAACAUGCCAAUCCCAAUGUAUUUAUUGGGAUUAAAUCUAUCUAAUAAGAGUUUGCCAAACAUUCAAUUCUUAUGAACUGCAGUCCUAGGAAGCACUUGAGAAGCAUCUGAAUUGGAGUACUCGUGUGCGAUUGAUCCAAGGUCUGGAGGAGCUGAAGAAAGUCUGUGUCGGAGGAGGCUCAGUAGAGUGGGCCUGACAUUUCCUUUAGCUCAGCUAAAGUGCUUUUUUGACUGUGGAGUGGUCAUUUAAAGGACAACUAUAGACACCAGAACUACUUAAAGUGGUUAUGGUGAAUGGAGUCUGAGUGCACCGGGUGCUGCAUCACUAGUAAAUGGCUUGCUCACCAUUUAGUAGAGUCUCUGUGACUGGCAGCCUGAAUCCUAGAUUCUGAUGACAAAAGGACUGAGGUGCAGAAAUAUUACUAUUGUUUUUGAGUUGUGCAAAAAAAAAAAAAAAUUUGUUACAGGUUUCUAAACACCUUUUUAUGGUUUUAUUUCUGUUCAAAAGUGUUACGAUUUAUCUCUGUAUGUAAUUUGUAAUUUAAUUUUUUUCCAUAAACACGUCUAGGCAAGUCAUUUCCCGCCAUUUAUCCACUAGAACAGGUGUUGUAGUUUCACAUAUAAAAUAUGGUUACUACAGACUAAAAACUCCGCAAUUACAGGGAGAGAUUAUUUAUUUAUUUAAACAUAAAACCUCCAUUCCAUCAGGAUCCCAUCUCAAGAGAGUCCAAUUUAUUGCAAUUUGUGGGACAUUCCAGGCUUGGAGAACAUUGAGGUUUUGGCCACCAUGCAGGGGAAGGUUGACCACUCUUGACCUCUUUCUACAAACGAGUGGUCUCUUUCUGUGCAUGAAACUCAGAUAUUUGUGUGGAUGUCCAUACUCACGUGUAGCAUGUGAAAGAUGUGUUUGAUAAAGGCUGCUUGAGUUUUCAUCUGUAACUUUAUAGCACCAUAAAAUCAUUGAACCUACAAAGCAUUGCUAGAUCAUUCACAGAGAUCUAUGCAUGCCUAAGAUACAGACUCUUCCUGCAAAUCCGUUGCAACCUGUAAUGACCGUUAUGAAUGUGAUGACUCCUAUCUCAACGACCAGGAACAUCAUAUAUAAUCAUCAUAGUCUGCAGUUUCCCAGGAAACAACCCAGUGGGCUAGCUGAGGCCUGGAGAACAGUCACCUAGAACAAAUAACUACACUGCAAGCAGUGCUAGGCUAAUAAAGAUUUAAAGUACAAAUUCUACAUUCUGCCUUACAACCCAAUUUCUUUGAAUUUAAUUUGCAGAAAAUGGUAGUGUCAAGGCUACAACCCAGAAUCCUUAUAUGUUAGUGGCCCAGUGGCAAUUGCCCCCCUGCCUCCUUGCCAGCGAUCUCCUGGGAAUUCAGGCAUAGCGUGAGCUAUUAAGAGCGUUUCCAUGAGUAGAUGGAUAUGCUUGGGCAGAAUCGUAUAUCUGUACACGUGCGACAUUAUUAUAUUGCUAGAAUAAAAAAAGAAUGUAGUACUAGGCUGAUGGUAAUAAAUGUAAAUUAUUUAUGAAAACACACAUACUCCUGCCCUUUAUAUUAAAUACAUAUUUGUGAUAUGCUGCAGAUUACAAUUCAGGGGCAACUUGUAUCUAUAUUUGUAUGCAUUAUAUAGUUUGGAACAUGCUUAUAUCCAUCUUGGAAUGUCCCUGCACUAUAUAAUGCGUCCAGUGUUCUAACUGGCAAAUUGAAGCAUUUUAUUAGUUGAAAACAUUCUGCAGAAUAUUGGAGAUGGAUUGAAUAUUGUGUGUCUGUUUUUUGAGCUCGCCUAACUAGAGUGGGAAGAUGGGAUUUAAUAGAGUUGUAUUGGCUCACUGGGAUUAUUAAGUGUAGGGUAAUGCAACACUCAGUAAUUUAUAUAUAUUUGAUGGAAUCUCUACAUUUUGCAAACUAUCCAACACAUGCAUUUUUCAUUAUAGUACUUUUACCUUACCCCAUCAUGCAAUGUCCCACUGUAUGCUAACUAAAUCCUUCUGCUAGCAGUCAGGAACUGUAGAGAAUUGGGCUUAUGUUUGUGGGGGUGAAUGGCUAUGUUCACUAUAUACCUUAAGGACCCAUGACAGAAUAAUGUUUUUUUACCAUGGGGACUGUUUCUCUGCUGGUAACAGAUGAACACCAAGUAUACCUGGGCUCCCCCUCUGUCAGCUUAAUAUGGAAUUUGUAGCCUCAGAUUAAAUAAGUGAGCUGCACACAGACAUUUAAGUGUUAAAUCCCCAUUACUACAAUGUGGAGUGAGCAGGGUUAAAUCCAUGCUUACACCAGACAGAAUAGAUACCUGGGGCGCCCCUCUGUUAGAGCCACCAUUAGUGGCCCAAGACUCAUUGGUGAGCUGUAUGCAGCCAUGGCGAUUCUCUGUUAGCUGCUAUGGUCAUCCUAUACUAAUUUCCAAGUUUAAAUGACAUGAAAGUGUUAAUAACUGUAGUCAUCUUUUACCAAUUGCUAAGUUUAUCUCUCACUGUGAUUGAUGGGCUCCAUAUGUGGUCCCUUUGGUUUGUGCAUGCUCAGUCUGAGAUACUUUAAUCAAUGUGAUGCGUAUGCCUUUGAGGCAGUAACUAGUUGUCUUUAGGACCCAGUGGUCCGUACUGUGCAUGUUUUGUGCGCUUGAAUUAUGUAUAUUGCAACAUUAACCAGUCUGUUUGCUGUGUUUUCAAAUGAUGGGCUAGGUUACAGACUAUUGGUAUCAUAUGCGCAAAUGGGAUCAAUCUUUGUCGUUUUUGUGGCAUUGCUCCGAUAGGUAAUUUAUUGAUUUGUGGUUGCUUAACAACCAAUAGUUUUGUACGGGGAUGGGCCUAACUCCAUGCUGAUCUUUUAUGGGUUAUAUAAGGACAGGUGUUAAUGCAUGAUAUUCAGUCUUAGAAAAAAAAAAAAAACUCUAUCUAAAAUGUUGGGUGUUUCUUCAGUGAUUCCUGACAUUGUUUUGAGGUCAUAUGUGCAGUAGAGAUGACGCUUCAACAUGGAUGCUGUCCAGGAGCUGGGAGGGAGGGUCUGCUGGAGAUUGGCCAGGAUGUGUCUGCUGACCGGAGCUCGCCGCGAACGGUUCGUGGCGAGCCGUUCGCGGAAGUUCGCGAACUCUUCGCGACAUCACUAAUGUGCAGUUUUAUUAAGUGUUUGCUUUGCAUAUAAGUGGUGUAUGUUUACCAUGUUUGACAAAUAUAUAUGCAUGUUGAGAUUGAAACAUUUUAUUUUUGUUUUGUUACUUUUUAACUAUUUUGAUGUAAUAAAGAGAUCUAUUAUAACAUAUGGUCUGCAGUGGAAUCCCCUUUUAUUGACUGUAUUGGGAUUUUUUUUUUUUAAUGUAUUUGGCAUCAUGCCACGUUUUGACUGUUUUGACUUACAAUUCUUUCUGCUAAUAUCAGUACUGAUAUUAGCGGGAAACCACUGUGAUUAGGAUUAUUUUAUGGAUUAAGUUUAAGAUUAGUUUUGGCUUUAGAGUUUGGAUUUGAGAUUAGUAUUGGGGCCAACAAAGGAAUUUAUUUACUGAAAUCAGCAGAGGGAGUUCUUCUAACACUUUUGCAUUGGUUAGGUUAUGAUUAGGAUUACGAUAAAAUUUGUUCUGGUGAGUAGAAUCCUUACAUUCAGGCUUUUUGCUGUAAACACUGUCUUUUCAGAGAAAAUGCACUUUUGUCAGGCGUAGGAAAAAUACAUAAAACAGUAGUACUUUGCCUUAUGUUUUAAAGAGAACUAGAUAAGAAAUAAAGAGAAGAGGAAAGAAUAGGAGAAAGCCAAGUUUGAGGUGACAGUCACUUUUUGUUAAAGUUGUUUUUUUUAUUUAUUUUUUUUUAUUUUUUUUAUUUGAGCCUAUAGUAUCCAUUUCAGCUGCAUUAAUAAUGCACAUAAUAUGAUUGCCAAAAUUGUGAAAAAUGUUUUCCUUUUUUUUUUCUCCCACCAAUAAUAAAUGAAAAUGCAUAUAUGUAUACGUCACAUCAAAUUUUGUCUUUUUGUCUGUUAAAAUCAAAACAAAAACAGUAUAUAAUGUGCUAGUUUAAUAAAUGAUCAAGAUUGAAAUUCUUGUUGAGAAUACACGUAGCAAAAAUGGCAACAUUACUUAAGUAGUAAACAAACUGUAGCUUGGUCCUUAAGGGGUAAUUUCCAUUAUAAGCCCCACAUAGCUAAUUUAUGCUGGGGUACAGUAUAUGCAUCAACAUUUCUAAAACGUACAGGUUUAUAAUGUUUGCUUUUAAUAUUGUUAGAAUACUCUUGGACCACAUUAGUGGCAUGUUUUCAGUGUCCACAAAUUCUUUUUUUUGUCUGUAAACAUAAAUCAAAGCUAGAGAAAUUAACCCCUUAACGGCACUUGAAGGAAAUUUUCCGUCAAGGCAGACCAACCUUUAAAGAUGCUUGACGUAAAAUCGUUGUGUUAACGCUGUUGCUGGGUGCCUUGGCGUUUGAGGAAGACCAGCAACAGCCAAUAGCGUUGUCCCAGCACAUGUGACUGGCUGUCACAGCGAUCACAGUGCUGCUGGGACUUCUUAUCCGCCUCCUUCCACCUCUGUGUGUGUGUGUGUGUGUGUUUUGAAGUGGAGAGAGACAGAUCUUGUUCAACUUUGUGUCCCUGACAGACACAAAGUGUUUCAAGGUGUCAAAACCCCCUUUAUCUGUUCCUGAUUUAAAAUUUACCAGGGAUUAACCGUUUGAUCACUGAAAGUAGUGAUCACUAUACUGAUCACAGUACUUUACUGUGAUCAGAGUUUUUUUUUUUUUUUAAUCCUCGGGUUAAAUAUAUUUUAUUUUUUUACUUUUAUUUGCAGUUAUUUAGUUAGCUAGGGUCAGUGGAAGGUAGGGGAAAUUGGGGAAUCUAGCAGUAGGGUAGCUAUGAAGUUGAAAAGUUUUAAAAAGUUUGUAAAAAGUGAGAAUAGUAUCAAAAAAGUUCUUAAAAGUUUAGAAAAGUAUAAAAAAGUUCAAAAAAAGAGAAAAAAAAUGUUUAUUUUAAGUCAAAGCAUUUCUGCUUUGCUAGGUAUAAGCACUGUGUUUAGCGGUGAUCUGACUUCUGUUUUUACCAGUGGGGGUUAAUUUUCUUUACAAGUUUUUUGAAGUAGGAGUUUUAAAAAGUGGGGGAAAUAUGGUAUAAAAAAGAUUGUUACACAGACAAAUCUUUAUGCCGCACAGUAUCUGGCACAAAAUGGAGCAAGUCACCUUGCCACAAAAGGGAUCUGGGACCCCACCAGUGUGCCAGAAUUAAAACCGUUCUGGGCACUAACCAUGCUAGUGGGCAUUAUAAAAAAGCCCAGCAUUCGAACGUACUGGUCCAAAAACCCAGUAUGCAAUACCCCCAUUUUCUCCCAGACCAUGAAUAGGCCCAGAUAUGAAUAAAUACUGCGUUUUUUGCACGUCAGUGACAAUUCAAAGUGCCACCCAAGAGAUCAUCCGCCGAAUGAUAAACCAUCUAAAAUCUGCUCCCUAAUUAACCAUUUAAAUAAAAAAAAUUGGCACAAUUUAUUCUCCCCAAAAGAAUAUAUGUAUAUACGAGUCCCUCAUGAAGUGCAAGCGUUGACUGGGGUUUAAGCAAUACAUCCCAGCCAAAAGAUCCCGGUUUGGCAUCAAGCUAUACAAGUUAUGUGAAAGUAGCAGUGGGUAUGUUUAUACCUUCAUAGUAUAUGAAGGUAAAGAUAGCCACCGAGGUCCCCCAGGUUGCCCUGAUGUAGUUGGGAAAAAUAGUUUGGGAUCUAAUGAACCUGCUACUGAACAAGGGGUACCACCUCUACAUCGAUUAUUAUAAUAGCAUACCCCUCAAAAAAAUGCUAUUUUGUUUUGAGACUGUGGUCUGGGGCACUAUCCGCAAGUCACACACUGGCUUCCCGAAGGCUCUGGCAGAGAAAAAAAAUGAAAAGGGGGGGAACUGCUGGCUCUGAAAUACAGAGACAAAAAGGUGUUCAUCCUGACUACCAUGCACAGUGAACACACGCGCAGGGUCGCAGUUCUUGGCAGACAGGAAACAAGACGGCUGCCUGUCUGCAUUAAGCAAUACAAAAAACACAUGGGGGGGAGUUGACCUGUCUCAUUAACUGCUGCAGCCAUAUCUGAUAAUGAGAAAAGACCAGGGCCUGGUAUAAGAAAGUAAGCAUUUAUUUAAUGCAAAUGGCUACUCACAAUGGAUUCAUCCUUUUUCAUAAAGGCUAAUCCUCAGCUGAAAUGUAAUUUUCUUACAUUUCAGUUUCAGUUAAUUUAUGUGCUGCUCACUGAGUGCCACAGUGGGGAGCAAUCAGCAGGGCCUAGCAGCAGAGGUAUUCAGACAGGUCCCUUCUGCUUUCGGAUACCAUCAACCCCCCCGCCCUCCAAAAAAAGACCGCCUAGAAAAGGUGCAGGGUGUGUUACCAGAGGGGCAUUCGAAUAGAGAUCAGUUUCUACUGCCACUUGUAUUUAGAUAAUAGGGGUGGAUAAUAGUUCAUGGGAAAUUGGGGAGUUUAGUGCAUAUGCUAGGGGUAAAAAUAGAAAUCAAAAAAAUACAAAUGAUUAUAAUAUUGUUUUUAAAAAAUCUGAAAUGGGAGAGUCUCAAAUUCACCCCUUCAACAUCCUCAUAUACCUUGGAAGUGUACUCGGUGGGGUAUUGCUGAACUUAGAUGAAAUAGCUGAGUGACAUAUGAAGCGUUAUACUGCCGUAGCACACCUAAGGAUAGUAAAAUCUCUGUGUGUGUGUCAAAAAGGUAGAUAAAAUGCUUACUACUACUAGAUUUGGUACUAACUAGCGAAAAAAUGAUCCCACCCUAAGAUUCAAAAUGGGCCUUUUGAAAUACCCUGGGGUGUCUUCUUUAAAAAAUGGUAGACCUUUGUGGGGUAGUUUGAAUUUUCAACCUGUUAAAUGCCCCAAACUGAGACAUGGACCCAGCAUACAAAUUUAAAGUUUGAAAAAAACCUUGAAAUGGCAGUUUCAAAUUUGCCCUUUCAACAUCCACAUAUACCUGGGAAAGGUACACGCAGGGGUAUUGAUGUACUCAAAUGACAUAGUCGAGCAACAUAUGAAACGUUAUACUGCCGUAGCACACCCGAGGUUUGCAAACUUUGCAGUAAAAUCUCAAGUGUGUGUGUCAAAAAGGCAGAGAAAAUGCUUACUACUACUACUAGACUUGGCAAUAACGAGGAAAAAAAAUGAUCCGAGGCUAAGGUUCAAAAUGGACCUUUUGAAAUACCCUGGGGUGCCUUCUUUAAAACAUGGUAGAAAUUUUGUGGGGGAAGUUUGAAUAAGCAACCUGCUAUUAGACCCCAAAAUGAGACAUAAACCUAUCAAAUUCAUCUCUCAAAAGUCUACUGUAAAAACUGAAAUAGUCAGGUCUCCUAUAUGGCACUGUAGCUUCACAAAAUACUGCUUAAGGCCUACAUUGGUGGUAUUGUUUUACUCAGAAGUGUUAGCUGAGCAUAAUUUGGGUUGUUUGAUCAAAUUGGAAUAUACAAAAUGCCCAACACAAAUGUAACACAUAAGUUAAAAAUGCAGAAAAUAUUUUUUUUACCACAAACGUUGACAUAUUAAGGCACAAUAUAUGCCAUAUGAGAUACCAUGGAGAGUCUGCUUUCACAAAUGGUAGGCCUUUGUGCGGUUAUUGAAACAGUCAAACUGCUAUAAUGCCCCAAGUUGAAACAUAAGCCCUGCAAAUCCGUCUCUCAAAAUUCUACUGUAAAUACUGAAAUGGUCAGGUCUCCUAUGUGGCACUUUAGCGACACAAAAUUGUGUCAAAGGCAUACAUUAGGGGUAUUGUUUUACUCAGGAGAGUUAGCUGAGCAUAAUUAGGGGUGUUUGAUCAUAGUGGAACAUAUUAAAUAUACAUAAUGCCCACACAAAUGUAAUGCUUAAGUAAAAAAUGCGAGAAAUAUUUUUUCACCACAAACCUUGACAUAUAAUGGUGAAAAAAUGGCGACAUGUUAAGGCACAAUAUAUGCCAUAUGAGAUACCCUGGAGUGUCUACUUUCACAAAUGGUAGGCCUUUGUGUGGUCAUUUGAACAACCAAACUACUAUAGUACCCCAAAAUAAGUAAUAGGUCCAUCUAUGAAUUUUCUAACUGUAGAAACUGAAAUAGUCUUGCCUCUUAUGUCAUUGUAGCUUCCCAAAAUAGUGGCAAAUGCAUAAAAUGGGUGUAUUGUUGUACUCGGCAGAUGUAGCUGAACACAAUAUGGGAUUUUGACCAGGAAUUGCACACAGCAGCUUUACAAAAUACACAGUAAAAAAAACCUUGUUAUAUGUUUGUAUGUCAAAAAACAGAAAAAACUAAAUUUUACUACAAUAUUUAACAGAGAUUGGUGGGGAAAUGGCUAUGAAAAAAGUGUCAAAAUAUCUUUAGAUAAAUAGACUGUGAUGUCUACUUUAUGUAAAUAUAUACUUUUGUGUGGCAAUUUUGUUUUCUGUGAUGGCUAUUAAACUAACAAGUCAAACAUACCAACUUCUAAAAUUGUUUCAAAUUGAAAUUUUAUAUUACUCUUUGUAUUUUGUGACAUGUAUCCUUUAAAAUAAGCCAAAAUCCUAUACAUAUUAUGUACUUUGAAAAACAAGAUACAUAAAUGAAUUUAUUUUGAAUUACUUUCCUUAAGCUGUACAUAUUAUGCACACGCUAUUAUUGCAAAAACUGUGAAAAUAUAUAUAUUUUUAAUUUUUUUUUAAAAUUAUAUAUUAGAUUUUAUAUGUGUGUGUGUCACAUCAAAUUAACCCCUUAAGGACCAAACUUCUGGAAUAAAAGGGAAUCAUGACAUGUCACACGUCAUGUGUCCUUAAGGGGGUUAAAGCCCAUGUUGUCCUUUAAAAAAAUGAUAUCUAGUAUGUGUAGAUGCAAUAAAUGAGAGCGAUGCAAAUUGCAGUUGAACACAAACAGCAAAAAAUGCAAAAAUAGCUGGUGUUCUUAAGGGGUUAAUUUUGUGAUCCAUUUAAUAAUAUUUUGCACAAGUCGUGUAUCAGUCUUCGUGUUGCAAGAAAUCGCCUAAACAGUAAAUUUCUAAAAGCUGAAUGUAGAAAUGUGAAAUCAUUGCCAAUGUGUGCAGAAAAAUUAUCAGGUGUGAUUGCUUUGCUUAGGGUUCAAACCACUGCUCAGUGCAUGUAAAAUUCACACUCCAAGAAAUGUCAACCAAAGUUUCAUAUGAUUGUUUGGGUAUCUACAGCCUUCUAGUGGGCAUUUAGGUCUUAUUUUUGAUAGUAAAUACUAUUCUUAUUAUGUAUAAAGCUGUUGGAAGCUAAAUUGCUCUUAUUCGUCAUCCCCAUUCUCGUUGUGAAUUAAAAGCUUUGGUUAUGUAGGCUGCUGUAAACGUGUGCUAUUUUUGCAGUCUGUUUACACAUACACUAUCUAUUUGUGACUAACUGUAGAUGAUGUUUCAGUUAUAUACACCUUCCAAAGACAAUUAAUACCACCUUCGCCAUUAAAUGAUAUGGUAGCGAAACACACAGUACUUGGUGCAUUAACCCUUCCCUGCAAAGUAAUAUGUACAAUUUAUUUAAAAAGAACAAAAAGGGAAUUGUAGAUAAGUGAAAUAAUUGCACAACAAAUUAGUGUGUAGAUUACCAUUCAGUUGAAACGAAAAUAAAAAGUAGGAAGUAAAACCAUCUUUGGUUAUAUUGAAAAUGUGAAUGUCUUCAUAAAUAUAUAUUUUUAUUUUUCCCCCUUAAAUUUCAGUAGUCUUGUUUUUACUACCAACUUGUUUAUGUUUCCUAUUUACAACUUUUCAGUCGUUAACAUAAUGUGCAUAAAAUGUUGCCAGUCACCAACCACCUAGUUUCUCCUUUUUAUGUACUUUAAAAAAAAAAAUUAUAUUCUCCGAAGAUUAAUUUGAGUAAAUGCUAAUAUUUUACUGUUUUAUACUUUAGAUUUUAUUUGUUGUUAGCCUGGGAAUAUCUAUGGAACAGUUGCAGAUCAUUUUUUCGUUUUUACUGCUUAGCAAAAUCAGAAUGGUCAUAUAUUGUAUAGUAAUUAUCUAGGUGCCAUUGGCUUUACUGUUUACACACCUGCUAUUUCAUGCAGAUUAUUAACCUUUCCAAAAAGCUGUUUUGUGAUUAUUUUUAUCUUUACUUUAGAUCAGCUUUGAUUCAUUAGUAUAGCUUCCUCAGGGUCUUGUACUGCCCACCUCUGCUUCUUACUUUGAUUUCAGUAAUGAAAGCCACUAGUUAGGCUCUCAUCCAUUUUUAAUAGAAAUACUUUCACUGGGAAAUUGAAUGUCACCUAAACUCAGCCUGGAAAAAUGUAAUGAAUGUUCUAUUUAUGUACAGUUUUCAGACCAGUGUAAAUGAGACCCUUUCAUUUGAAAUGAAAGUUGCUUCAUUCUAAAUAAACAGAUUGUUUUAUUUUAUUUUUUUAGUAUGUUUUAUUUUUGUUGUGUUAAGUCCAUGGAAAUUUUGUCUGCUCAAAGUGAAAAAUGUAAUCUUCAAAUGUGUACAUCAUUAGACGUUCGUGCAGUCUGUGUUGUGUUAACUAGAUCGCUGGGAAAAGUGUAAAUUAAAAACUGUGCUUGCUUAAAGAUUGUAUCCUCUACAGUCAUAUUUUUGAAACAUUUCUAAAAUGGUGUUCUUGCAUUGUUUGUUUGCUAAAAAAAAAUGUCAUCUGGCUAAAGAAGUGGGUCAACCUCUGUAUGACCUGUCUUAGUCUACUAGUCAGCCUUAGGCUAGAGCUCCACCUUGUGAGAACGGUAAUAUCUUUCAACAGAAAACUUCCCUAUUUAAUGUGUUAUAUUAACAUUGGUUUGAUAAUAUAAUAUAUAUAUAUAUAUAUAUAUAUAUAUAUAUAUAUAUAUAUCUCAUUCAUCAGAUUUCAGAUUUUUUAUUUAUUUAUUAUGUUGUAGUACUUAUUCCUAGUUAUGUGUAAUAUUUUACAUAUUGAGAAUGUUUGUUUUAGUAGAGAUGAAAAUAUUCUUGUUUUGAAUAGCAUUCCUUAAUAUUUUUUUUUUUUUUUUUUUAAGUCAAAAGAAAUACAUUAUUCUGCAAAAAUAAACAAUGUACAAAUAUAGCUGUAGAACGACACACUGUUCACAUAUUACAAAGUGACCCUACUUGGAAUAAUAUUUCUAUAGCACAUGCCACCUAACCAAAGCCAGCAUUCAAAAGGAAAAAAUAAAGAGUCAAGUAGGUUAGGCACUUGAAAAGAAAUAGGUGAUGCAGUUCCUCAUCUUAUGUAAGGGGCAGCUCUGUUCUCGGCAAAGCCUCAUUUGGUAUGAGCGGGAUAAUUUUCUCCACUGCCAUGGUUUCAAGGCAGAUUCCGCUGGGAAACCCAUCGACCAACGAAGAGUUGUGGGUUUAAAUAUUUAUGUUUGUGUGUCUUGCCACCUUUUUCCUCCAGGAGACGGUGUGAGCCCUACUUAUAGGUUUUAUUGUUCCUAAGUGAUUUUUUUUUUUUUUUUUUUUUGCCAGGAUAGCUUCUUAUAAAAAGUAAGCGGGGUACCUUCAAAGGGUAUCGGUGGAGAAUUCCUUGUAGCCCCCAUAAGAGGGGGUCCACUUAUCAGAGUUUUGUUUUUUUGAAAGUGGCAAGGGUGUGAUAGCACUGUGGAUAUGGUAAAAUAGUUCUGUUGCAAAGUUUGAAACCUAUUUGUUUUUAAAGUAGUAUAAUGCUCAAACUUAUUCUCUUCUCUUACAGAAGUACAACAGAUUUGGUGAAGUACUUCAGGCAACAGUCUUAUGAACAAACUAUUCCAGGGACAUUGGUUUUCCAGAAGAUGAUAAAGAAAUGAUAGCAGCUCCAGAAAUACCCACUGACUUUAGUCUCCUCCAGUAAGUUAGACCCAAUAACAUUUUGUAUACAUAUUAAAAUGUUGAUAACCCUGUUUUUUUAUUCUAUUGCUUGUAUUGGUAGUGUUGUGUAUGCUUUCUAUGAAUUGUUAUUCAAGCUGUUUAUGUAGCCCUACUUGUCUCAUGUCAGAAUUAAAGGAAAACAAAGUUUAUAUAUAUAUAUAUAUAUAUAUAUAUAUAUAUAUAUAUAUAUAUAUAUAUAGCGAGUUUUGAAAAGCACUCCAAGGUAUCCUGACGAAAGCUCCAAGGGUGAGCUGAAACGUUGAUCACUGUUGGCAGUUGCUGUAUAAAGCUAAGUUGAUUUUUUUCACCAUAUAUGAAGUCCUUGGAGUGCUUUUCAAAACUCGCUAUCUAUUAUCUAUGCCGAUAAGCACCAGGCCAUAUUUGUUGUUAUACAGGAGUGCAAGCAUUGGACAGUUUUAUUUAUAUAUAUAUAUAUAUAUAUAUAUAUAUACAUACACCUACAAUGCCCGCCCCCUCCCCCCAUGGACUACUCCACCGGAAAGCAUUUUUCUCAAUGCUUUCCUAUGGGGUUUUAGAUGACGCUGGAUGUCCUCAUUCAGAGCAUGAGGAAAUCCAGCGUCAGCUGACCGAAAGUCGUCUAACCACCCAGAAGUGCCUCUAGUGGCUGCUAAAUCAUGACACAAUAUAAUCUGACAUAUGGUGUUCAUCUGAGGUUUUAUAUACCUAAUUUUAAAACCUGCUAAGGAAAAGAUGAUUGUUAUUAUGCCCUAAUAUGUAAAAACAUAUAAAUCAAAUACGGUGUACUUUCUUUUUACACAACCACAUGCUCUUUUUUUUUUUUCUCUCUCUUGUAAUUAUUGCAGUUUAUCAAUAACUGCAAUAAUUACAAUUGCCGGGUAAAGGGGACUGGGACAGUGCAACCAGACCACUUCAUGAGUUGAAGGGUAUUGCUAGAAGUAUGGUUGUCUUUAUUGUAAGGCUUUAAGUAAACCUAACAUUUGUUAUGCUCAAUCUUAUGAGCAUUAGUUGUUUGGGGUAUAAGAUUUUGUUUAUACAUUGUGCUAGCAGUUUUUCUAGCAAAUUUAUAGAUUAGGGGAAAAAACUAUUUUAAAAUAGAUCCCCCCCCCCCAAGCUAUCAGUGCCUUGACAAGCCCACAGUAGGGCCCACUGCUCUUCACCCACAGCAAUCAUCGCUGGAAACUCACUAGCCAGAGCUUCUAGCGCUGACUAGGGAGUAUAGGAACAGAGUGGCAACAUAGCCCGCUUGCUGACAUCACUGGUGAGAUUUGCUCUGCUUGAGACUGCAGAAGACUGCAGUAGGGGCGCAGGUGGAGUGGAGGACGACCAGGAGGUGGGUGUUACACAAUCAGUAACACCCACGAAGCAACACUGGAAUGGAGGAGAAGUGAGUUACUCUUUAUAUUUUACAUUUAAUACACCAUGUAUCUUUGAGAUUUAUGGGAGUGAUUUCAGGCAAGUUAACUUCUCCAUAACAAGUUCACUUAACAGCUCCUUAUCCAAAUUGAGAAUCUCAUAACGAUAAAGCGUUUAUAAAAUACUCCUAUUGACAGUGUUGAUAUUUCACUGAAAUUCCAAUCCAGUCAAAAGAUAUACUGAAACAAAGUAGGGAACAGUCUCAGUAUUUUUCCAACACCUGAUACUUCUUGACACUGGGCAGAGAUAUGGCUGUCAGAUAGUGUCAAUCCCCUGGUUGCAGGUUCAUGUAAGUUAAACUCUACAAUUGCCACACUGGGACAGUUCCACUUUAAAGUAUUUCAUGGCCUAAAUACAAAGAUUUGAAAUUGAUGGUCAACAAUAUACACCUUUUUUUUGGUCUGAAUGUUUGUUUUAUAUAUAUUUUUAUUUUAAGAGUCCUCUCAAGUGUUUUUUUUUUUCCACCCACUAUUUAGUCUUAGUAGCUCAACUGUUUGUUUUAGUGUUGUUUACAACAUUAGUAGGAUUUGAGAAUCAUGGGUUUCUGUUUAAAGUACUUUCUAUACCAAUUUUAGAAGGAAAAUUUAUUUUAAUUUAUUUUUUUGUGUAAAAUAGUGAGUACAUAAUUUUACAUUAUAUUUUGUUUAAUGAGGUCUGUUUUACAGUUUUGACAAAUUUAGGCAAUAACUAAUUAUACAUAUGUAAAAAUCAGAAUAAAGUAGAAACUGUUGGGCAGUGUGUGUAUAUGUGUAUAUAUUUAUUUAUUUGUGUGUGUUUUUAGACCCCUAGAUACAUCUCUUCAUGAUAUGGGCCCACUUUCUUGCAAUGCAGGACCAAGGUAUGACUUUUUAAAUUUAUUUUUGCUCUUCUUUAAACCUUACAGUUUAAAAUAUUUAGAUACAGAACAUUCACACUCUCUGAUAUUUUAAAGGCUAUUACCGUCCUUGUGUUUCAUUCUUUGAUCUCUCUUUAGAUUAAAUUGAUGCAUGACACAUUUUGCACAGAAAUUACCAUAAAGUAAAAACAUUACUGUAGUAUAGUAUAGUUUUAGAAAACUUGCAAUAUGAAGUUUACUUCUAGACUCUUAAAAAGUAAAACACUUUACAGUUAUUUAAUAAACAGGAACAGUCAACUUUGAAAUGAUACUAUGUAAUGCGAUGAUUUCAAAAAUACAAACUAUUUUAUGUACAUGACUAGAUAUAUCCGAUAUUAAAACUGCAUUGUAAUGUCAAACAGGCAAUUCAAAAAUACAGCAAAAAAUAAAUUUAAGUUAAAUAAUUUUCUUGUAUACUCAAGUACAAAUUGCUUAUGCACAUUCAACUUGAAUUUCAAAGUUUGAUUAAUUUGAAUCCUCAGUACCCAUAUGCAAAUCUGGCUCAGAAGCUGAUUUAGUGUUUACGAGAAUGGAAUUUCCAAAAUGAUAAAAUUUGAUGUUACUUAUUUGUUCUGAUUUCAUUCUGCUAAUUUAAAAAAAAAAAAAAAAAAACUAUUUGCGGAGUAUGCUUUGUACCUUUUGCAAAGGUAAAUAUGAUGUUAUCUGUGAUGUUACAGUAGCUUCAAACUGAAGCAAAUGGUUUAUAAAUUGUAAGUCUGAAAACUGUUCUGACACCAUUUUCUUUGAAUUUCAGGGAGACAGAGACACAUUUUUCAUCCGAUACAGACUUUGAUGACCUUGAGGGAAAAAUCCCAAAGCAAGGAAAAGGAAAAGUACGUUUGUUUUGUUAUUGUAUUCUUUUUUUUUUUUUUUUUCUCACCCUUCCAGUCUUUUGAGAUUGAGUGAUUGAUCAGUUAAUAACUUUAUUUUUAGAACACAUUCUCCAAUCUGGUGUCCAUUUAAAUUUCACUUUUAAACUGAAUAAAAUUAAUGGCUUAAAAGUAGUUUUUUUUGACGGCGUAUGUAUUUAUAAUUUGAUUUAGGGCAAUGGAUUUCCUCUACUUUUCAUUUCCUAUUUAUAAAAAUAUUUAUUUUGCCAUUGGCAGAAAGGAAAAAAAGGCCCAAUUGAAAAGGGCAAAGCUAUGAAAGCUGCAGGCCCUAAUUGGAUGAAUGGACAUCAUCAACAAAAUGGUGUAGAGAACAUGAUGCUAUUCGAGGUGGUAAAAAUGGGAAAAAGUGCAAUGCAGGUAAGCCGAUUAGCGCAGCUUUCAUUUUCUCUAAUUGUUUCCGAUGUAAUCAGUAAUCGAGCUACAACCAAUAGUUAUUUUCAUAAUCAAUCAGCUGGUUAUGAUUACUUUUUUUUUCCAUUUCAAUUAAUUGGAUAAUACAAGGUGUCUUUUAUGCUAUAAUAUAAGUCGUUCAUGUGCUUGAAAUUUUAUAUUUCUAGAAACACCACACUUAGAUUUACAGGUACAUUUAUAAUGUAUAUAGUUUCGGCAUAUGCAUGUGAAAAUAUUUUACAGCUGGCUUAGAUAGAAUUCAAAUAGAUUAAGAAGAAAAUCUCAUAGCUGGAAAGUUGACAGAGUUAUAUAUACAAUGAAAUUGGGAUCAAUAACACAAUAAUGUUAGCCAAGUAAGAAUUUAAAGUGAAUUUCAAAUUUAAGGUCAAAAUGGCUGAAUUGGAAAAAUUCUAUAAGUUAUCUAUGAUUUCAGUUUGGCUACUCUGGCUUAAAAUUAUUUAAAGUACCCUUUGAAUUCUCACUCUAGUAAAUUACCCACUAUAAAUAUCUCCUGUGACUAAGGAUGUUUAAGGCAAAAGAAUAUUGAAGAGAUGCACUGAAGUCAAAACCGCCAAUCAUCCCACAUUUCAUAACUACCCAUGGCUAAAGAGGAAACUUGACUGUAAAAACCACUGUUAUACAUGAAAAACUGUGAAAAAGAAUUUAGUGUGAGUAAUGCUAAUAGAUGAAUAUAGUAUGGACAAUAAAAACAUCUUCCCGGACAUGCUUAUACCUGUAGAUGAUCUCUUUCGUGAACACACAAAUCUGUGCAAUAUCAAGGCAACCUUUAUAAAUCUCUGUUAGGUUUAGCUGAACCUUACAAAACACUCCAUACUUCUAGCACUUGAGCUUGCUGAAAAGCUUUAUUUUUUUUAAAAUAUUUUUUUUAGCAAAAAGGGCAGAUAUCAGUAGAAAUCUAAAUUUCUAUAAAUUAAAAUGGUUACACCCCCUUGGCUUUCAAGCAGACAAAAGGUCAUAUUACUUCCUGGUUUGGUAAGCUCAGUGGAACUAAACUCAAAAGGCAGCAAUUGCUCAGAGCACUUGCCUUGCAAAGACUUCUCACUGAGCUACAUCGAACAUUUACAGAAAGUCUGGGUGGGUUAGAAGGGGAGGGUUUGCAGUUCAGUGACUGCCGACAAGAGAACAACAGGUUUUGCUAACUAAUCUAAGUUUUAGAUUAACCCCCGUAAAUAAUGCACAAUUUAAUGUAUGUAAGGUUUUUCAUUUGGGGUUUGUCUACAAAACAGUGUUUUUUUUUUAAUUUUGUAUUUGGGCGGUGGAGUGUCCCUUUAGGAUCUAUAAUAUAGCUUAAAAAAAAACCUCAUUGUACCAACAAAAAGAGAACGCUUACUUUGCUAUCACGAGCAUCACCUUUAAGGGACCUAUAUUUUGGCAGGAUCAACAGUACUCUUUUAGAUUUUGAACUCAUUAGACCUUUCUAUUAAUACAUUGUAUGUUCCACAUGAGACAAACACUGAUUCCACCCAUCCCAGCUGCAGAGUACACAAAGGCACAAAUUACACACAUGCUGCUCCACAAUAGGAUCUCAUCCAUACACCGUGUAGACUAACCAUCCACUUCUCUGUAGUCUAACCACCCACCCAUAACCUGAGGCCUAGCUGUACCGAUGGCCGGCCUGAGACUGAGCUCGACAACUGCAGAAUAACUGAAAGAAGGGGAAGGUUCACCUAGAAAGAAAAAAUGUCAGCAGGGAUAGAGUCCCAUAAUAAAACCCAUAACCUAUUAUGGCUGGGAAUUGGCUGUAUUGUACUUGUGGUCCCUGGGAAUACAACCCCUUUUAAGAGAGAAUAAAUCUGUGUAAGAAAGUAUUAUAACAGUACAAAGGAAUGAAUUGGAAUUAUAUUUUCAUAAUCAAUGUAUUGAUUUUGUUAAUUAGUUGUUGCAGCUCUAGUCAGUAAUAUUCUAUGCUAGGGCUAUGCACAGUACCCUGUGCCUUUAGGGAUGUGAUUGAAAAUCUUAUUUUGUGUUUUUCUGCUUGACACAGAUAUCCUUGUACUAAUAAGCACUAAAAUGUGUUCUUAUAUUGGAUUGAAGAUAUUGUACUAAACGUAAGAUUAAUAUAGAUCAACAUGGUCUUAAUUGUGAGGACUUUUCUUUCCUUAUAAUUAGCUGAGAUACUUGGUAAAGUUGACUGUUUGCGUAAAUUGGCAUUUAAAUGGCUUUCUGUGCCAUGGUAAUAAGCAUAUUAGAGAUACAAACUCUGAUUGUUCUGUAAGUGGCUGACGCAAGUUGGUAGACUUUAAGUUCCAAAUGGGCCUCUUGGAGAGCCAACAUGAUGUAUAUGAUGUGCUCAUAAUGGCAGUAUUAUCAAGGAUUUCCUCGAUAGGUUGAUUGAAUUUUGUUUAUAAUGAAAUCUUGCUAGGUGUAAUAUUGUUACAACCACACCAUAUUGACCUAGGUUUUAUUGGUUAAGGCAUAUUUUGACAAAUAUUUAUUGAAUAUUUAUCAAAUGCACAAGUCAGACUUAUUUAGGAUUCAGUCAUAUUUUAUUUUGCAGCUACACGUGUUGUAAAUCAAUCCAGUUCAAAACUUAUUAAAGGGACACUGUUCUCACUAUAACCAUUACAUCACUUUGAAUUGUUUAUAGUGCCCAGAGUCCCCUGAUACUGUUCCUCCCUUCAGUGUUAAACCACCACAGAGCAGUUUAACACUAAAUAAAUAAGGGUUCAUGGCAACCCACAGUCCGGCCCCUUUUGGAGCUGUGGCUAAGGCAGAGAUUACACACUUUCUUGUAGUCAGACCCAUCAUACCGUCAGUUUGAGCUCUGAUAGGUUAAAACCAGUCAGCUGACACUCGCAGCCAAUGCCAGCUGCUUAUUGCCGCUCAGUAUAAUACAAAGCAGCACUGUGGGGAUGGACUGCUGUGGACUCACAUUUAGCAUUAAAAUAUUAAAUAUUGUUUAUUGUGUAAUGAAAUGACGGUACCAGGGGACUCCAGAUACUAUUGCUAGUUUAAUGAGAUGAAGUAAACACAAUGCCUACAGUGUCCCUUUAAUUGUCCAUAAUGUAUUAAAGUAAGGUAUUUGUGACUGCAUUAUUGAACAUUUUUUUUUUUUUUUUUUUUUAAAUGCAUGCCAUCUUCAAGCUCUCAAUAUAGAAUUAUUGUGUGCUUAACUGGUUUUCUUCCUGUCUUUUUAGUCUGUUGUAGAUGACUGGAUCGAAGCAUAUAAACACAAUAAAGAUGUAGCACUGCUUGAUCUCAUCAACUUCUUUAUUCAGUGUUCAGGAUGUAAAGGUAAUAACAAUAACUCAUAUGUCUUGAUUGUAUUUCCUGUCUGAUGUCAGUUUUGUCCUUUUUUUAUGUUGCAUGUGUUUGUUAAAAUGCCCAGCCAACACACAUUUAUAAAUGUUUAAAAUACAUUGACCAUUUUACAUUAUGAAGAAAAAACUAGAGGCAUAACAAAUUUCAUCAGAUUAUACACACAGUAUUUAUUGGUUAUUCUUCUAAAACUGUUUUUUGUUUUUCUUUUCUUCAAGGUGUUGUCACUGGAGACAUGUUCCGCCAUAUGCAAAAUUCCGAAAUAAUUAGAAGAAUGACAGAAGAAUUUGAUGAGGUAAUUUAAAGCUUUUUUUUUUUUUUUUUUUUUUAAAUCUGACUUCUAUACUGUUCUGGACCUUUAGGCAUUUUAACUCUUACUAGCUGAUAAAUGCUACAAACUUAUUGUACAUGUUUAUAUAUAGGUGUAGUAUAAUCUGUGAGCUAUAAUGACACUUGGCUCAAUUAUUGUGUUAUGGAUUUCAAAAAAAUGUUAGUGUUAAAUAUGUUUUCUCAAAAAGAAAGGAACUAUUAGGAACAGAAAAAGGGUGUUAUAGACCCUAGAUCACAAAUGAGUAAAAAAAACAGGUGGAGUGAAAUUCCCAACAGGUCUAGAAAAUGGAUAAAUAAAACUUACUAAGACUUUUCUAGAUAUUUGUUACUUUGAAAGUAUAAUAGAGACAUAUAACCAAAAAUAGGAUCAGCCCAAUAUGAUGCUAAAGAUUGUGGUUGAAGUUAGAAAAGUGAUAUAAUGUAUCCACCAAGGGCAGUGGAAACCGUAAACUGUAACCGUAACUCAUGUAGAAAUUAACAGCAAAAUACAAAUUUCCCUUUUCUCAAAGCCUAAUGCCCUUCCAAGUAAAUUAUGCAUUAAGAAAGGAGCAACCCAAAAUGUUUGUUUUUUCCUUGUAUCCUACAAACCACUUGUAGCACUAUCACAUCUACUAGUGCUGCCCUAUUUUUUUGUCUCUUUAUAUUUAGCUUGUUGCACAUAGAGUAUUUUGUUUCAUAAAACUGUUUACAGUACUGCAGUAAACUUUUUUUUUUUUUCUUUUUUUUUCAAAUGUAUGUGGCCACUAAUAUUCACAAUCUGUGCAUGGUAUUUUGUAAAGCUUCAGUGUUUUCAAAAAUCUACUCUGAAAUAUGUUAAUACAUCGGUUUACUGUUGCCAUCAAGUAGCAUUUGUGCUCAAUUUAGUGCUUGAAUAUUUUUUAUUUAUUUUUUUAAAUGUAGGAUAGUGGAGAUUACCCAUUAACUAUGGCUGGUCCUCAGUGGAAGAAAUUCAAAUACAGUUUUUGUGAGUUCAUUGGAGUCCUGGUUCGCCAAUGUCAAUACAGCAUUAUAUAUGAUGAGUACAUGAUGGACACUGUUAUUUCCCUUCUCACUGGACUUUCUGACUCUCAAGUGCGAGCAUUUCGACAUACAAGCACCUUAGCAGGUUAGUAAAUCAUUGUACUUUAUAUAGGUUUUUUUAAUUCAAUUUUUUUAUGCAAUUCUCCACCAGAAUGGAGAGUUCUUAAAGCGACACUAUAGACGCCCAGACCACUUUAUCUCAUUGAAGUGGCCUGAGUGCAGUGUUCCUGUCCCUUAGCCCUGCUAAGUAAAACUAUAGAGAAGUUUUAGAGAACCUGCAAUGUUUACAUUGCAGUAUUAAGACUGCUACUAGUGGCAGUCUUCCAGCUAGAGGCGCUUCCUGCUGUUUCGUGAAUUUGAAUUCUGUGAAACAAUGCUGAACAUCCUCACGCUGUGCAUGAAGACGUCUAGCAUCUUCUAAAUCAAUGUUUUCCUAUGAGGAAGGCCUAUUGCGUGGGCAGUGCUUGAAACGCAUGUACAUAAGGUUCCCUCUCAUGAUUAUGCUGAUGAUGAUGAUGAUGGAGGAGGUGGAGUAGGAGCCAAGGGACUUUGGUGCUAGAUUAGGGAAAGUGAAAAAGGAAAGGGUUUUUUUUUUUAAACCCUUUCAUUGCCUCGGGGGAUUUAGGAGCAGAGGGACACUAUAGUGUUAGGGAUACAGCCUCUUAAAUUGUGAUUUACGUUCUGUUGUAUUAUUCUUUAUAUGUUUUGUAAACUCAAUUAGUGUUCUCCGUUGGUAUGGCGUUUGUGGCAUCUUUCUCUUUCUAACUUGUGCAGUGUCAGUCAGUUUUCUGUUGUUUCUACCAUUUAAACAGAAGCAUUGAUACAUUCCAGAGUUGCACUUAGACACAUGAUUGAUUAGGUGUAAGGUUUUUUUCACAUUUGCUUUCUUUCAACACCCUCUCUAGUAUGCCUAGAUACAAGAGCCAGUGCCUUUCACUGGGAAUUGUUCUGUCAAUGGGAAUGAGAAUCUUAAUGACACUGUCAACUAUUCAAAGUUUUUUUUUUUUUUUUCUCUGUGUACAUACAGUAUGUAUUUGCUUAUGUAUGUAGAUAUAUUUAUGAUUACUAAAAACAUAUUCUUUUCUUCUAUAGCUAUGAAGUUAAUGACCGCGUUGGUUAAUGUGGCCCUUAACUUGAGUAUUAACAUGGACAAUACACAAAGACAGUAUGAGGCGGAAAGAAACAAGAUGAUUGGGAAACGAGCUAAUGACAGACUGGAGCUUUUAUUGCAGAAACGAAAGGAGGUCAGACUAUAAAAAGAUAUUGUCUAAAGCUGUUUUUUUUUUUUUUUUUAAAUGUAUACAAUUGAUUAUUGUGGAUAUUAUUUGUGCAGCACUUAAUAUGCAUUGUCUAUUGUCUCACUGAAAUGUCAUUACUAUUAAAUAUGAUUGUAAAAGAAAGUGGCUGAAAUGCACAUGUAUAAAUUGCAGAUUUUACUUAUCGAAGGAUUACAACUGCACACAUGAAAAAAUAUAUAUAUUUCCUAUCUCUAAAAGCACUUAGUAGAAAAGAAGCAAUAGUAUGCUAGCUCCAAUCUACAUUCCAAAAGAACACAACUGCUUAUAGAUGUGAAAGUCAACAAUGAAAUUCUGUAGCAGACACAAUAAAAAUGAUCUAACUUAAGUGGAAAUCUAUUCAUUAUUGAAGCUGGUUGUUCGCUUAGAGUGACUACUGAAUUAACUAAAGUCUGUGUCACAGAGCCAAUCCAUGUAAUUGUUAACACACAUGUUAAUUAUUUUUAGACAUUCAGAUAUAUUGUAACCCAACAAAAGAAUUGACCAGCAUUGUAAAAAAGCUAUAUUCUAAUUGACAAAUAUUAAAUUGUACACUGUGCUGUCUCCUUGUGUUUACUUAGCGUGGUAUACACAACUCGUGCUAAAUGAUCUUUAUAUGUAAAUCACUGCCGUAACAGAGCGAGCUCAUAUGUACAUGUUUAUUUUUGUAAUGCAGCUCCAAGAAAACCAAGAUGAAAUCGAAAACAUGAUGAACGCAAUAUUUAAAGGAGUUUUUGUUCACAGAUACCGGUAAUCUACAAUCAAAGUACAAAAUAAUUACUUUGCACAGUCUCCAUUUUUUCCAAAUAUGUAAUUUUUGUGCUUUUUUUCUUUCUUUUUUUUUGCAGGGAUGCCAUUGCAGAAAUCAGAGCAAUUUGUAUUGAAGAAAUUGGUGUUUGGAUGAAAAUGUAUAGUGAUGCCUUUCUUAAUGACAGCUACUUAAAAUAUGUUGGCUGGACUAUGCAUGAUAAGGUAUGUUUGCCUAUAUCAUGACAGCAAGGGAAUAAUAUUGUAUUUGCAGUUUUAUUUUAGCUUUGUUUUCUGGAAACUUUCAAAAGUUAUAUUUUCAUCAAGUCUUCAGUACCAUGUCCAUGUUUAGCUCCUUUCAAGUUAUUUUCUGCUAUAAAGUAGUGUAAUUUUAAAUAUUUAAACAUAUGGUACCACUCCCAGUUUAAUAUCAAAUCAUUUCAGUACCACCAUCCUCUAAGGUGGAGUAGAGAUAUCUUGGGACAUUUGACACACUGUUCCAAAAAGCUUCCUUAUUAAUAAAUCCAAAAAACGAAACCCCAAAUCUUACAAAGACGCAGAUCCACCAUAUGUGUUCAAAGUUGCCCAUAUCCUCUCCGCAUCUCCAGCAGUUACUACAGUCUGUGUUGUACUUUGUACUGUGCCUCUCUCAAGUUAAGACUGAGUAUCUUGAUUGAAAGUGCUAUUUUUUUUUUUUUUUUUUGGCAAUAGGUUCUCUUCUUUGGCCUAAUGUGUAUAUUACUUGGGUCUAUCUUAAUAAAAUUAAAAAAAAAAUAUAUAUAUAUUCUGUCUUAUUAAAGCUUCCAUGCCUUCUAUUGCUUUCAAACUCUCUACACUUUUUUAGAGGUACUCCCCAACAUGCAAGUACUUAAAUAGUUCUUUUUCUAGGGCAUUAGGGAAGGGUUAGAGUUUUCUGUGGGUAACUAUAUAUUCUAUUGCGGAGAUACUGCAUCUACACAAGCUUCCCAAAUUAAUAUUCUCAGUCUUUGCUACCACAAUUUUUAAAUAUAGGUGAGACUCCGUAAACCCCCUUUCUAACUUUAUUUUUUAUUAUAUUCCAGUUUUCAAUUAUAUUCCUUAAUGUCAAUGAUUUUCGAAUAUGUUUGUUUUCUUCCCCUGUGACAAAAAUAAUAUCUUUAACUAUAGAAAGAUCCAUUUAUUUUGAUUCCAUCUUUCCUUUUUUGAUUUUUGUUGUAAUCAUGGCAUGCAUCAGUCUAUUUGCUAAAUAAUCAUUAUAAAUAUCUGGCAGUCCCAUGCUGCCAUGUUUAAUAUUUGCAGAUAGUAUCUUCCCAUUUAUUUGUGGUCUUUUUUCCUAACCAUGUAAAAUGCAAGUAAGCAGUGUGUAACAUUUUUAGCCAAAUUUCCAGGCAUCUUAUAGGGACUAGUCUAAAUAUGUAGGCCCUAAGGGUAAUCUCUAAGACAAACUUAGAUUUCAUCAACUUUUUAAAUUCUUAUUGGUUUGUCUCAGUAGUGGGGGAUAGUUUCUUUCCAUUAGGGUCUCUGGAGUUGGUGUGAUAUUAAUAGCAAAUUAUGUGGUGGUAUUCUUAGCCCAAAUCAAGCCAAACCUUCCUAUAUCAUUUUCUAUUUUUGUUUUAAUAUAUUUUUUUUGUUAGGAAAAUUAAUGUCUCCAAAUUAGUUUUACACAGGACUACGAGAGUUUCUUACAAUUUUACCAGCGUUCCAACAUCUACUCUCCUAAUGCUGUUUCUCUAAAAAUAGAAAUGUCUGUCUUUUAGUAAAUUUUUUUUUUAAAUUUAUUUUAUAUAUUUACUUCUAUUAGAAUGUUUUAAAAAAUUUUUUUGUUUGCUUUAUUGUAGCAAGGGGAGGUGCGACUGAAAUGUUUGACAGCUUUGCAAGGACUUUAUUACAAUCGAGAGCUGAACUCCAAACUUGAGCUGUUCACAAGUCGAUUUAAGGUAAAUAUUUUAAUGGUAAUCAGAAUAGCUAAGGAUGCCUAUGUUUCACGCCACUGACUUUUUUUAUUUUUUUUUAUUUCCUUUAUGUAAUCUGUAGGAUCGUAUUGUGUCAAUGACUCUGGACAAGGAAUAUGAUGUUGCAGUACAAGCAAUAAAGCUUCUCACACUUGUUUUACAGUAAGUUUGUUCUAGUGUUGACAGUUUUAAGAAAAAAAGUGUGGUGCUAUUGUAUGCCCCCUUCAUCUUUUUUCAUAUCCUACUCCUCUAACCAUUUCUGCUUGCAAGUAAACACUCACCUCACCUUGAUGUGUCCAAUUUCCCAUCCCCAUCUUCAUUGUCGUUCAGGCUGUUAUUCUCCAACGUGCUUAUUUUUUUGGGGGGGGAGGGGUAUUUAUUUUUCUCACAGAAUUGUGCUCGCUGUAUUUAUCCUGACUUUUGUUGGAGGUUGCUUUAUGCAACUAUUAAGGCAGGGGCAUGUAUUAUAUGAACAAAUAAAGAACACAUUACACAGAGCAAGUCCCACUUGGUGUUCUGCAUAGAUGAGGGACGUUUGCAUCCGGAAAUAUGUGUUUCUAAAUUUGGACGUUUCCCAAAAUAUUCUUGUCCAUGCAGAAAUAAUGGACUGGCAGUUAUUUGCAACUCAAGAUAAAAUAAAAACGGUCUUCAGAAAAUAACUUUUCAGGUUGUGCAGAAUAAGUUUUUAUUAAAUACUGCUGUUCUCACAAGUUCAGGCUGGGUCACUCAAACGGAGGCAAUUUAUGAAUCAUAGGAAAAUCUAGAAUUUGUGCUGUGUUUUUGUUCCAGUGUAAUUUGUUUUUUCCCUUUAAAGGGACACUAUUGGCACCCUGACCACUUAAUCUCAUCUGGAUGUAGUGUCCCUGUUCCUUUUAUCCUGCAAUAUAUAGUGGGAAUUCUUGUAAAAUACAAUUUAUAACUUUUUUUCUAUUGGUUUUUUUUCUUUUCUUGUGCUGUUAGAGCAAUUCUAAGUUAUGAUUCAUCUAAGUUUAAGGAAGCCUGUUUUCAAUUAAUUGGAAAAUCUCUCAAACAGCUGCUUACUUUUGAGGCUGUUUUGUUGCAACCCACCUGCUCAUUAAAAAUUAAAGGAGUUACCUUCUCAUAUAAAUACAGCAUAUUUGAAUCUUUUUGAGACUUUACCUUUACUUUAAAACAUUUUUUUUCCUUUUUGUAGAAGUAGUGAUGAAGUUCUGACUGCUGAAGACUGUGAAAAUGUCUACCAUCUGGUUUAUUCAGCCCAUCGACCAGUAGCUGUUGCAGCUGGAGAGUUCCUUUACAAAAAGUAACGUUCUCUACAAAUAACACUGCUGUUAUUGAUGCAUACAUGCCACAUAAUAUAUUGUAGAAAUGUAUUUUGAUUACAUGUGUCAUAUAUUAAAAUUACACAAUAGGUCUUGUACUGACUGUUGAUAUAAGUGUGAUAGCCCUUCAUCAUUCUGUUAAAAUUAUCUUUCUAACUGACUAAAAUUCUAUCUUUUCUUAACCCUUUUUGCCAACUACAAAUGUCCUGGAUACUGCUAGGCAGUCUAAUGUCAAUCUAUUUUUUUUAUUUUUUUAACAGAGAUGCAUUGUGGACCCAGGGGCAUUAUGUAAUAUUUAUUUUUAUGCUAAACAAUUAAGUAACUAAUGAAUAUACCCAAACACAUUUAGAAUCUGUAAAAACAUAAAUGAAAACAAAUGUUGGUAAAAUAAAAUUCUUAUAAUAAAAUUUUGGAUCUUUUUUAUAAAGUAUAUGGGAGGAAAUAAGAGGCUUACAACAUAUAGUUCCAUGUUUACAAGUUUUUAUUCAGCCUUUUAUGAGAUCCCUAUCUUAUCUUACACAGGGGGCUACUAGGCCCCCAUUCUUCUUCAAGUCCUAUAGUAAACAUUCUGCUGAAGCCUAGUUAAACUCUAGGUUCUAAAAUGAAUCUUUCCAGGAAGUUUAAAGGGAGGAUGUAUGAUUGACAGACAAUGGAUGUGUGGCCAGGGCUGCAGAAAUAAAGUGGUUUGACUCCUAAACAGCAGAUAACUUGAGCAGUUGGACUGCAAGGGUAUGAUCUAUUCACCAAACCACUUCAUUAAGUUAAAAUGCUUUUGAUGCAUUGGCUGACAUUUAUAUUAUAUUACCAUGAAAGCUAAAGCAUUUCAUAUGCAAAUAUGUAUAUUUUUUUCUAUAAUUCAACAGAACCCUGUUCCCCUUGAUAUGCAUCAAACAUUUUGUGCAUUGGUGCGAUGAAUAAUUAAUUUACAGUUGUGCACCCUACAACUGAAAGUUAGACCUGCAUAUAGCCCCAGGAGCCUAAUUUAGCAAGGUUACAUAGUAAAGUUUUAUAUUGAUGUCAAGUUUAUUGCAUGAGAGCCUCACUCAAAAUGCAGCUCUGUUCCUGAAGUGCAUGGCCUAAAGCAACACCUCAGAAAAAUAAGCUUGUCGCUGUAAUAUUUGUUGUGAGAGUUUUUGUUAAUUUUUUUUUUUUUUAAUUUUCUUUAAAUUUAAUGACAGGCUCUUUAGUUGUCGAGAUCCUGAAGAGGAUGGUAUAAUGAAGAGAAGAGGAAGACUGAGCCCAAAUGCAAAUCUUGUUAAAACUUUGGUAUUCUUCUUUUUGGAGAGCGAGGUAAGAUUUCAUGAUAUGCACAUAUAUGUUGGUGAUGCAAAGAAAUUAAAAAAUAAAAAUGAGGUUGUACCUGAGCUGUUAGCAUAAAUGAAGCUGCCAAUGGGGAAUAAAAAAAAACAAUAAAGAACGGUUGUUUCUUUCCCAACAUUUACCCAAAGAUGUAAUCAUUAGUCUGCAUGCAUUUAAUUCCUACUAUAACCUUUGUUUAAAUAUUGGUUUGGAUGUUAUUCACUAUAAUAAAUUGGCCUAUUAAAGAAACACUAUAGUGUCAGGAAUACAAAUUUGCAUUCUUGACACUAUAGGUCUAAAUAGCUUUUUAGCUAUCUUGAUGAUCUCAGCCAAUUCAAUGCAUUCCCAUAGGAAAGCAUUGGUAUGCCAUGGUGCAUGCACUGCAAAACUCCACUCUGAGCCAAUCAGCAUCUCCUCAUAGAAAUGCAUAGACUCGGUGCAUCCACGCAGAGCGUGUAGUCGCUGAACAUGCACUGGCCCAGGAAGCACCUCUAGUGGCCGUUUGAGUGACAGCCACUAGAGGUGUUCGUGGACCACAAUGUAAACAUUGCCUUAUUUCUGAAAAGGCAGUGUUUACAUUAAAAACCCAGCAGGGGCAGGUUAUAGACACCAGAACAACUACAUUAAGCUGUAGUUGUUUUGGUUACUAUAGUGUCCCUUUAAGAGUGUUCACUUGCUGUAUUCAUGUUUUGAAAUUGCCUAAGUUUUUUGCUUUACUAAUGGGUGCUUAAUCCAAUUGUUUUACUGUAAGCAAAUAUAUAGGUUUAUGUAAUCUUUGUGGUCUUUUUUGAUAGUUGCAUGAACAUGCAGCAUACCUUGUGGACAGCAUGUGGGACUGUGCCACUGAACUUCUAAAGGACUGGGAAUGUAUGAACAGCCUCUUGUUAGAUGAUCCAUUGAAUGGAGAGGAGGGUGAGUAUGUCAUCAUUCUUAAUAGGCAUUUUAUUGUAUGCAGUGUUUUAUUGUUCCUUAUAGAAUAUGCCCUGCAUGCUGAACUGCCUUGUUUUGCUUCUUUUACUUAAUUUAGGUUCUGUCGCAUCAAACGUCUGUAAUAUGAAAAUAGUGUCGCAGAUUGCACACAAGAUCCAAUUAUAA